AUGGUCGCACCGCCUCGUCCAGUCAUCUCCACCGCCACCGCCACCGCCACCGCCACGACCACCACCGCCCCAUCCCGCCCGCCGUCGCCCAACGGCCCAAGACCGCGCCCGCACAUGAACUCGUACCACACCGGCUCGUCGCUCUCGGACGCGCCACCAGGCCAGGGCCCCUUUACCCAGCAGCCCGGGCGGCCCCAGAUCGACCUCAAAAAAAAGCUCGUCGUCGUCGGCGACGGCGGCUGCGGAAAGACGUGCCUCCUCAUCGUCUACUCCGAGCACCGCUUCCCCGAGGAGUACGUCCCCACCGUGUUUGAAAACUACGUGCCCAUCAUCCAGUUCGAGGGCAAGACCAUCGAGCUCGCACUCUGGGACACGGCGGGCCAGGAAGAGUACGACCGUCUCCGCCCGCUCUCGUACCCCGAGUCGGACGUCAUCCUCAUCUGCUUCGCCGUCGACUUCCCCGUCUCCCUCGCAAACGUCCAGGACAAGUGGUAUCCCGAGAUCAACCACUUUUGCGAGGGCGUACCCAUCCUCCUCGUCGGCACAAAGACCGACCUCCGCAAGGACCCGGGCAGCCUCGCCAUGCUCAGCGCGCAGGGUAUCAAGCCCGUGUCCCCCGCGCAGGGAGAGGCCGUCGCGCGCGAGAUCGGCGCCGCCCGCUACGUCGAGUGCUCGGCAAAGACAAAGGAAGGCGUAAAGCAGGUCUUUGACGCCGCGAUGCGAGAGGCAUGCCGGAAAAAGUGGGGGAGGCGCAAGGGCGGCGGAGGCGGAGGAGGAGCAGGAGGAGGCGGGGGCGGAGGAGGGAGCGGAGGUGGUCGCAAAUGCCUCGUCCUUUGA